GGUGCUGCUCUGGCUCUCCACUUAGCCUGGCCUCCCUGCGAUACAAAUCAGACUGUUCCCAAGCUGCCUGCAAACUUUCCACUGAGCGCCUGGGGCAGCUGCAGCUUCCUGCUCUGUGGGGCAUUCUCCUAGAUCCCCGAUCUAGGCUCCAAGAAUUGAUCUAUUAGCUUAACUGGGAAGGACAGAGUGGAAGAGUGAGCGAGCUAGCGUGUGAGCCUGCGGAGCGCAGGAGCUGUGGGGCCGUAUUUUCUGAGUAGCGGUCCCUCCCUUCUGACUAGAGUAUUAAUUGCUACAUUACCGCUGCCAUGUAGGCAAGACAGUCAGCAAAGCCUGGGAGGGCUCCAGCUCCUCCCUCCCUGCUCUGCUCAAUUUUACUCGCAUCUCCGUCGUCUCCGAGUCCUAGGUACCCUGGCAGUGCCGCCCCAGCCCUGGCAUCCCGAGGUGCUCCUGUGGUGAGGACUUGAGUGGACAGAAGGAGGGGGUGGAGAGAGAGGGAGGGCUUGCCCUGCAGGCUCUCUGAAUGCAAGAACUGGACUCGCUGCAGAGGCAGCUGUGCUGUUCCCGGAGACUGAUUUCUGGGGUGCAUCCAUCUCUCAGGGUUCGCCUAGACAGGCUCCAAGGUCCAGAGGCACACAAGGUGGGUGCCAUUCCUUCUGGGUGCUGUCUGAAGAGCCUGCCUCACCUUUGCCAUCAUGAGUGGCUGCUCCAAAAGAUGUAGACUCGGGUUCGUGAAAUUUGCCCAAACCAUCUUUAAACUCAUCACCGGGACCCUCAGCAAAGACAAGAUCGAGGAUGAACUAGAGAUGACCAUGGUUUGCCACCGGCCCGAGGGGCUGGAGCAGCUUGAGGCCCAGACGAACUUCACCAAGAGGGAGCUGCAAGUCCUUUACCGAGGAUUCAAAAAUGAGUGCCCCAGUGGCGUGGUCAAUGAAGAAACAUUCAAGCAGAUCUACGCGCAGUUUUUCCCUCAUGGAGACGCCAGCAUGUAUGCUCAUUACCUCUUCAAUGCCUUCGACACCACCCAGACAGGCUCUGUGAAGUUCGAGGACUUCGUGACGGCUCUGUCUAUUUUACUGAGAGGGACAGUCCACGAAAAGCUAAGGUGGACAUUUAAUUUGUAUGACAUCAAUAAAGACGGCUACAUAAACAAAGAGGAGAUGAUGGACAUAGUCAAGGCCAUCUACGACAUGAUGGGGAAAUACACCUAUCCUGUGCUCAAAGAGGAUACUCCCAGGCAGCACGUGGACGUCUUCUUCCAGAAAAUGGAUAAAAAUAAAGAUGGCAUCGUAACUUUAGAUGAAUUUCUUGAAUCCUGUCAGGAGGAUGACAACAUCAUGAGAUCCCUACAGCUGUUCCAAAACGUUAUGUAACGAAGGACGCUCGCCAUCCUGCUCUCAGAGACACUGAACAAACACCUCAGCGCCCUGAUCUGCCCUUGUUCUGAUUCUACACACCAACUCUUGGGACAGAAAUACCUUUUCCACUUUGGAAGAAUUCUCUGCUGAAGACUUUCUACAAAACCUGGAAUCGCGUGGCUCAGUCUCUGAUUGCCAACUCGCUCUCCUUCUUCCUCUUGAGAGAGACGAGGUGAAACCUGAGUUUGUUUCAGAAGCAUGCCCAUCUCUUCAUGUUGCCGCCCUGUGGAAGGCCCCUCUUCUCGAGCUCACACAGCAGUGCACAGUUUCAUGCUUACGUGUCCCCGACUCACUGCCUCCAAGUCGGGCAGACCCGGAGGAAUCUGGAAGCCAGAGGACCUGAGCCAAAUGUCCACCCUCCUCUGGUGGCCUCCCAAGCCAACGUGCCUGUUUCUCUUCCUCUGGUGGGAAGAAAGAGUGUUAUGCAGAACAAUUAGAGUGUAUUGUGACAAGAUUGGGAGAGGCAGCACCUAACACAUGUAGAAUAGGACAGAAUUAUCAAGCAUGGUGUCAUCAGAUGACCCAAACUGCUCACAUCUUUUGUUUCCAGAGGUAGGGAGUAAUAGUUCUCCCACAUUAGCAUCCGUGCUCACAGAGCAAGUCUCUUAACACGCCCGGGAGGGGAACCAUUGUCCAUGGUCUGGCCCUUCUCUCCGUUCAUCCCCUGCUCAAGCCCACACUGCAUGUCCCUCCCAGAACGUCCAGAAUGCCUGUGAAAUGCUGUACUUUUAUACCCUGUUCUAAUCAAUAAACGGAAC